AUGGCUGCAGCUGCACCGGAUUGGGCUGUAUCCCGUCUGGCUGCUGCAGACCUGGCAGGCUCGGCCGGGCCGAGCCAGGGGUGGGACACCGUGGCUGGGUUGAUUCCAGGUUUUCUUGUUUGCCCCCAGAUUGAGGACGAGACGCAGGUGUCACGGGCCACUCAAGGUGAACAGGACAAUUACGAGAUGCACGUGCGAGCCGCCAACAUCGUCCGAGCCGGUGAGUCCCUGAUGAAGCUGGUGUCCGACCUCAAGCAGUUCCUGAUCCUCAACGACUUCCCCUCCGUGAACGAGGCCAUCGACCAGCGCAACCAGCAGCUGCGCGCGCUGCAGGAGGAGUGCGACCGGAAGCUCAUCACGCUGCGGGACGAGAUCUCCAUUGACCUCUACGAGCUGGAGGAGGAGUAUUACUCGUCCAGCUCAAGCCUUUGCGAAGCUAAUGACCUGCCUCUGUGCGAAGCUUACGGGAGGCUGGACCUCGACACAGACUCGGCCGAUGGCCUCUCGGCCCCUCUGCUGGCGUCCCCGGAGCCCAGUGCUGGCCCCCUGCAGGCGGCAGCCCCUGCCCAUUCCCAUGCCGGUGGCCCCGGCCCCACUGAGCACGCCUGAGCCUCUGGGGCCACCCUUCGUUGUCAGGAACAAAACCUGAGUUCUCCCUCUGGAUGCUGCCACAGGCUUGCUUCUUUAUUCAGCCUAGGUUCCCAUUUGGGGACUUCAGGACCCCAGAGCCACUGGGACUUCCUUGCGAAGCUCGUUAGCCCAGGACCGGUCCAGCCAGGAUGGUUGGGAAAGUGGUUUCCUAGCCGUUUCUGAACAGCCCAUCAUUCCCUGAGUCAUCAUCUCUUUUUGCUGUCUUUCUGGCCGCCCAGGUAGAAGGUUUCCAACAUAGGUCUGGCCUGUUGGGGACCUCAGCAGUGGGGCAGGAGGGUGCCUGAUAUGGGGGAGCCCCAACUUGAGCCUGUUGUUAGAGUUGGUAGGGGCUCCAAGCAGACUGUUGGGCAGGCCGGGGUUCCUGUGGGGAGCCCCACCUGCUGCUGCUUGCCCUGAGCUGCACAUGUUAGCACCGUAGCUGAGUGUUAAGGCACGGCCGUAUGAGAGGGGUUGCCCCCGCAUAUGGAAGCUAGGUGGGACUCAUUCCUACCUCUGCCUCUGUAAGGAGACUUGAUUAAAACACCGCCACCCUUUUGCAUUGCUCCUGUUUCUUCCUCAUUCCUCGUCAGUCCAGAACCACGCUCAGUCUCCCAGCAGCUGUCCGAGCAGCAGCUCCUCAGCUCUGCCUGGACAGCCUGGCCCGAGGUCACCCUCUCCCCAGCACCACCUGGUAGGUCCCCAGUAUUCAGUGAAUGGACCUGCUGCAUCAUUGCACAUCCAAUCACCGGUGCUUGUCAUGGCAUCUCAUCCUCACUGCCACCCGAGCCGGUGCUCCUGGUGCCAGCAUUUCAGAGAGGAGAGAAUAUGGACUUAGAAGGGGUCAGGUGUACCCGUGGCUACAGAGAUAGAAAGUGAAGUGGCAGAACCCUGAUUGAACUCUAGAUCUGGUGUCUCCGUGCCAGGCUCACCUUAGAAAUGCAGAAAUCACAGCACUGGGCAGGAAGUGUGGGGGGGCACACCUGCCCCUAACUCCUGCCUCCCUCACUUCCUCCACCACCAUCCAUGUGCUGCUGCUUCUCACGGGGGAGACCAUCAUCUUCCCCGAUGUAUGAAUGAGGUGACAGCCCAGGGUCCAGCCUUGUGGACAGGCAAGGACACAGCUGACCCGUCACCACCUGGACGAGAGGACCCCGCAGCCAAGCAGAAGGCACCAGACGGACAGGAGCCUGAGGCCCAGCCCCGACUCUGGGCCUGGCUUCUGGGGUGUCCUAGGGAAGUUGCUUCCCCUCUGAGGGAGAAUUUCCCCUUUGAGAAGUCUGGUGAUGUCUUCCUGCACUGUUUUAGUUGUGGAAAUGCCUUGUACUUAACCACUAAGGAGCAAAAAGAGUACAACCAGAUGGAAGCAUAUACGAACGGAAAGCCCGGAAGGAGCAGGCCAGACUUUGGUGGGACCCCACUUGUCCUGUUUCUGAAAACCUGAGCACUAAGACCUUAUGCCAUCAGCUUUGCUUUCUGCUUGGCCAGUACCAUCAUUCCCAUGUGAAAAUAAAGUUCUUUCUCCCUUCUUAAA